AUGGACGUCAAUUCAUUAGCUAAUAAUAAGCCUUAUCAGGCAACCCUGAAUGAUGGAUGGGAUGAACUGAAGAACAUGUACAACAAAGGAAAUGCAAGAGCUUUGUCGUCUCCUCUAUCGGCAACCAGGGACACUGCAUUUCACUUGGUAGCGUUCAACAAAAGUGACAAACUACUUCACUGCUUACUUAAGAUUGCCAAAAAUGAUACUAUGAAAAAGUAUAAGUAUCUAGGAAAGAAUGACUACGGAAACACAUCUCUUCAUGAGGCUGCAGCUAAUGAGAAUAUUAAGGCGGUAAAGUUGUUGGUCAAUCACAAUAAGCAGCUCUAUGAGGAAGAUGCAGAUCCAAAUCAUACUGAGUUCCUUGAGGAUUUGAAUAAAGAGGGCGAAACCCCACUUUUUAAAGUGGCUGCAAAUUGGAGAACAAAAGUGAUAGAGCCCCAACCCGAUGCCUCCAAUCUGCCUAGUGCUAUCCAAGGAGAAAUAAUAUUAGAGACCAAACCUGAUGCCUCCAAUAUGCCUGGUGCUUUCCAAGGAAAAAUACUGUUAGUGCCCAAACCUGAUGCCUCCAAUCUGCCUGAUUCCACCCAAGAAGAAACAUUCAAGGGAGAACCUGACGCCUCCAUUCUGCACGGUGCCAUCAAAGGAAGCCAUUUUGAAACAGCUCUACAUUUACUGAACCUGGAUGAAUCCUUUGCUGAAUUGAAGGACAAAAAGGGCUACACCGGCCUUCCUAUCAGUGAUGACGAAAAUAGUAAUAGUUGUUUGACUACAUGCCUCUCGAUCGAAGAUGAUGCAGAUGAUGAAAAACCUACUAGGUGUUUAACUACUGGCAUUCCAAUAGUUUAUGAUGUAGAUGAUAAAAAAUCUACUAGUUCAAAUAAUAUUUACAAAGGGUGGCUGAUAUUACUGGGAAAAAUAUGUGCACCACUAAGAAAAAUCUACGAAGAAAAGAGACAGCAUAAACUUGCUUCCAAACUUACUGAGCUCCUAAUAGAAGUAGAUACUUCGUGGGAAGAAAAGAUUAAAGAAGCCCUUCCAACAUCUUCUACAUCUACUGAUUCUGAUGAACAAGAAUAUGUAAAUAUUAAAAGACCAACCCCAAUACCAUUAUUGCUGGCAAUUGAAAGAGGAAUUGUAGAGAUUGUGAACAAGAUACUAGGAGAAUGGCCCAAGCUAGUUGAGUAUACAAAUCAUCUGAAUCAGAACAUAUUGCAUGUGGCCAUUAAGAACCAUCAAUCUGAGAUCUUCGAUAGUGUGAAAAAUAUGAAAAUACCAAUGACAAGAUUAGUCUGA